AUGCCGAUAACCAAUCUCCUCACUGCCAACCUACCCUUCUCGGGAGAAGAUCUACAGUUGACUCAUGUGAACCAAGACAUACAACGUCGCCAUGUCGCUGCACUAGCGGCAUGGAAAGCGGAGAGUUACAAGACGCAUUGGUCGGAGUCUGCCACCAAGUAUGAUGCGAUACUCCACCUAGGUCAUAAGGCUCCAGCUGCUGAUGUCAAUGAGAGGAAGAGGCAGAAAAGCAGCAUGAUGAGGGCGAUGUGCCAAGACGUGAGGAAGGUGGCCGAGAGGUUCAACUAUGAGAAGGGUGCCUUGGUGGACCGUCUUAUCCACUUGUUUGGCUACGACCUCGACGAAGAUCUCGGGCGAUUGCCCCAUCAGUCGACGACGUCCACGGUCUUGCCUCCUCUCCCAACACUUUCACCGCCUUCCUCCUCAUCUUCGGCUGCUACCUCAUCACUCGCGAACGCUGUUUCAUCAUCCCAGUCGUAUUGGUUCAAGCGACUGGAUGAGCGUCUGGCUUGCCUUGCUCAGGACUCCAGAGAGCUCGGCAGAGAGUUACUGGCCGCCCAAACCAGAACGGCUGACGCUUUGACGCUGCUGGCUGGCAGCGCAAUGCGCAUAGAGGCUCUAUUGGUGCGGAUCUCUGAAGAUAGCCGGAGGGGAACAAGUGUUCAUGGAGAUGGUGACGGCGGCAGCCAAGUCGAGUCUUCCGAUGGCGCACGGAGUGAUGAUGAGAGUGAUGGGAGUGAUGAUGGUAGCGGUCUUGAUAAAUUUUGA